CCCUCUUGCCGCGCGUGCGCGCGGGCGGGCUCGGCCGCGUCCCCGGGGUGACGGAAGGAGCUGGCUGGGGAGCGGGCGCUGGGUCGGCCGCGGGGCGCCAUGGGCAAGAAGCACAAGAAGCACAAGUCCGACAAGCACCCGUAUGAAGAAUAUGUAGAAAAACCCUUAAAGCUGGUACUAAAAGUCGGAGGAAAUGAAGUCACUGAACUCUCUACUGGAAGCUCAGGACAUGAUUCAAGCCUCUACGAAGACAAAACUGAACAUGAAAAACACAAAGACAGGAAAAGGAAAAAGAGAAAGAAAGGAGAAAAACAGAUUCCUGGAGAGGAAAAAGAAAAAAGAAAGAGAAAAGUAAAGGAAGAUAAAAAGAAGCGAGAUCGGGAACAUGCUGAAAGCGAGGGAGAAAGAGAACUGAAAUGUCAGACUCCUGUGAGACUGGAAUUGCCACCAGAGAAACCACUGGCGAGUAGUUUAGCAAAACAAGAAGAAGUGGAACAAACACCACUUCAAGAAGCUUUGAAUCAACUCGUUAGACAGCUGCAGAGAAAGGAUCCAAAUGCUUUCUUUUCAUUUCCUGUGACUGACUUUAUUGCUCCGGGCUAUUCCAUGAUCAUUAAACACCCAAUGGAUUUUAGUACCAUGAAAGAGAAGAUCAAGAACAAUGGCUACCAAUCCAUAGAAGAAUUAAAGGACAACUUCAGAUUGAUGUGCACUAAUGCCAUGAUCUACAACAAACCAGAGACUAUUUAUUAUAAAGCUGCAAAGAAACUACUGCACUCAGGGAUGAAAAUACUUAGCCAGGAGAGAAUACAGAGCCUAAAACAGAGUAUAGAUUUCAUGGCAGACCUGCAGCAAAGCAGAAAGCAAAAAGAUAAGAUGGAAUUACAGCCAAAUGGUGAGGAUGACAAUCUUCUUGGGAAAGACAAAGAAGAAUCUAUGGAAGCUGACAUCAAAGCAUUCAAAACGCCCAACAAGGAGCAUAAAAAGAAAGACAAAGAUCUACUUGAAGAAAAAUUAAGGAAUAACAACUUAGAAAGGGAACAGGAGCAGAUUGAUCGUAUCAUUAGAGAAUCUGGAGGAAAGUUAACAAGAAGACUUGUGAACAGUCAGUGUGAGUUUGAAAGAAGAAAACCAGAUGGUACAACAACACUGGGACUUCUUAAUCCAUUUGACCCUAAUGCAGGAGAACCAGGUUACAGCCCUGUGAAGUUAGGUAUGACAGCUGGAAGACUACAGUCAGGAGUUAAUACAUUACAGGGGUUCAAGGAAGACAAAAGGAACAAAGUUACUCCAGUGGUAUACUUGAAUUAUGGGCCCUACAGUUCCUAUGCUCCAGCCUAUGACUCCACAUUUGCAAACAUCAGCAAGGAUGAUUCUGACUUAAUCUAUUCAACGUACGGGGAAGAUUCUAAUCCAGAGUGUUUCAGUAUUCAUGAUUUUUUGGCAAAGUCUCAAGACUACCCAUGUGUAAUGGCUGAUGGUUUGCUGGAUGUUUUAACUAAAGGGGGACAUUCUAGAUCUCUGAGAGAACUAGAAACGCCAAUGGUGGAUGCAGAAGGUCAGCAUGGAGGAAGUGAUACAAUAAAAGAUGUGGAGAUUAUAGAAACAGAUGCGGCCAACAAGUUGGACUCUAAUAACGAUAGGCUUACAGCACUGAAAGCAGUAACAAAUUUUGGAAUUCAUGUAGAGGAAUUUGACUCUGAAGAGGCUGAAAUCUUCCAGAAGAAACUUGAUGAAACCACAAAGUUACUCAGAGAGCUCCAAGAUGCUCAAAAUGAACGACUGAGUACAAAACCAGCUCCCAAUAUGAUUUGUCUUUUGGGUCCAUCUUACAAAGAAAUGCAUCUGGCGGAGAGAGUGACCAAUAAUUUAAAAGAACUCGCGCAACAAGUGACUCCAGGCGACAUUGUAAGCACGUAUGGAAUCCGAAAAGCAAUGGGAAUUUCAGUUCCUGUACCUGACACUGAAGCCAGCUUUGUGGAUUUAACAGAUGAUUGCCAAGAAUCUAAAAAGGCUGCCACCUUCAGUGGAAAUGAAUCUGGUCCAAUUGGAAUUUGAAACGUCAGUUGUUUUAUGUUAUAUAUUUCUAUUGGGUCCUAUUAAACUACUAGAUUUAAAUUUUGUUCAGGAUGUAUUCACUGAACAUUUGUACAUUGUGAGUUAGAGGAAAUAUUUUGUCUAUUAAAUUUUGGAACUCAAACUAAAUCAAAGGUCAUGAUGGUUUCAUGUUAGACAUCAGUUACUUCUAAUGCAUACACAUCUGAUCGUGAAUUUGGAUGGACUAACUCAUCAUUUUUAAGGAAUACAUCAGACUAUCUACAGCCUCAGGUGUCUCUUGCUGCAUGAAUGUUGGUUUUAUAUUUUGAAAAAGUUCUCUUUGCAAUAAUAAAAGGGCUAGAGCCCAACGUAAUUGUGGCUACAUAAUGAUCUGCCUAUACCACUACUUAUCCAGCAAUAUUCCAGAGCCAUUUACAAACUUUCAGAUUGGGCCCACUUGAAAAUUUCAGCACUUGAAUGCAUGCAAACUUCCUUUUGAAUAAGUAUACAGCCUUUAUGGGCGCAAAGGCGAUACAGCUUUCUAAAUAGAAGCUGAUAUAAUUUAAUGAUAAUUAGAGGAAGAUGCUAUAUUGAGGCUGUAUAAAUGUAGCCUAGGCUUCUUUCAUGACCUUGCUCGGUUUAUAAAAACUCUAGUUGGUUAAAAGUGAUGAUGUUUCGGCUACUUAUUGCAGCUAUCAGGAUUAUAGGUUAAGAAUGACUAGCCAAGAUGCGAUUUAUAGGGCAAGUGUCAGAUAGGCAAAAUGGAUUACUCUUCUGAGUAAGGUCAUUAAACAGUGACAUUAACAAAUCUCUUGCCAAAAGGUUCCAUAAACUUUAAGAGGGCUUGACCACUUUAAGUUUCAAACUCCCAGACUGUGGACUCCGCUAAAAUAGUCACCUGGGAAGUACCUGCUAAUGAAGCUGGACAUCCUUAAAUCAGUUGGAAUCGCUGAGCUGGUGUGGGAGAGAGACAAGAAAAGUAUAUACUGUACCAGUUAAAUUUUAAUGGCUGCCAUUCUCCACUGAUCCUUAGUCAGCAAAGUAGACUAAGUUGAGGAUGAGUGAGACCUGCCAGCCCCCAGCAUCACUCUGAUUAAUUAUGUCCCACUUCUUUUCCCAAGGUAGGUUUGCACUGUCAUUGCAUAUCAUGGGCCCACUCCUUCUCACAGCCACCAGAUUUUCCCAAGUCCCUUUUUCCACUAUCCAUAAUCCUGCAAUAAUACAUUGUUUAUUCCUCUUUACUUUGGGAAUACAAUUUCCCCUCUCACCUUUUGUCUCAUACCUGUCUCAGGUUCCCAGCAGCCCUCAACCAUCUUGACAAGGAAAUACUUGAAGGGCACCUAAUCAGCAAUUACACAGUUAGUGGAGAUGGGCUGCACAUGAUCUAAGUGAAUUGGUAGAUGGUUGAAGUUAAGUGGUUGUGUGAAUUUACUUUGGAGUGUUCAAGUGCUCUACUCUGACAGCUCUACCAGAAAUGCUGUAUGGCUAGACAUGCAGUUACUCCAUACUCUAAAUUAGAGUAUUUGCUUAGAUACAUAGUGCAGUAGGAGAUGAGAGGCCUCAGCCCACUCUGGAUAAAUUAGAGAAACUACUCUCCAGUUCUCAAAAGAUCAACCAUGAGUUCAUGACUACAUAUUUUCAAGUGAAGAUUUCUCUUACAUGCACUGAGUUGUACAAGAUGCAUUACAGGUUAAUGAAAUAUGGAAG